UCGAGCCCCAGGGAAAACUAACCGUCCAUUAACUAUAGGCUCAGUCAAGUUUUGGGAGUCGGACGGACCGAAUAAAUUGAUCACUAAACGGAGACAGACGACGUUAGUGUCUUUUGUGGAUUUUUUUAUUGCAUUCUUUCCAUACUGUAAAGGAAUUGAAACACGCACAGGUGAACAGCUAGUACAAAAAGUGACCCUCGCGCUAUCGCUUUAAAGCGAAUACCUUUUUCUGGGAACCUUUGGAGACCCAGUUAACAUGGACCGAUUCUACGACCAGCAAGUCCCAUUUAUGGUCCCACCCAAUCAGAAAUCUCAUGUGGAGGAACCAUACAGCAGACCAGUCAUCGACAACAGGAAAAGGAAGUUUGUAGACACAGAACUCGCCCAGGACACGGAAGACCUGUUCCAAGACCUCAGCCAGUUACAGGAGAUUUGGAUUGCAGAAGCCCAGGUACCUGAUGACGAACAGUUUGUCCCAGAUUUCCAGUCUGAUAGCUUGAUGUUUCAUGGCCCCCCACAAACCAAGAUUAAACGGGAACUGAGUCCUUCCAAAGAGCUUUCUCCUUGUAGCCAGGACAGGAGUCUCAUGCCGUACGGAGAGAAGUGCCUUUACAGUUACAGUGCCUAUGAGAGGAAACCCAGUUUGGGCUACAAGCCAUUGACCCCUCCCUCUACACCUGUGUCACUGUGCAGCUCUACCAACACCCCAGGGACACACCCACUCACUGAGCAGACUCCUCCCCCUCAAAUACCCAAUCAGAACCAGGUGCAUGGGCCACAUCCACUGCAGCACGGGCAGUCUGGCAACCAAGCAGUCAGCUCCGCCCACAGCCAGCAGAGGCCGCUCUCCCUCCACAGCCAGAGCCCGCCCUUCGCAGUGCCCUGCCCACCCUCACACCUCAGUCAGGAUGGCACCUACAGCCCUGAGCACAGGUUCCAGAGGCAGAUGUCGGAGCCGUGUCUCCCCUUCCCUCCCUCUGAGAGCCAGGCUCGCCCCCAGUUCCUGGCCCAGCAGCAGGCCCCCAGCCACAGCACCUUGCCCAGGGAUGGGAGGCCCCCCUACCACCGCCAGAUGUCUGAGCCCCUGGUCCCUGGUCUACAUGGCUUCAAGCAAGAGCUGCUGGACCCCCGCUACACCGAGGAGGGUGUCCCCUCCAUGGGCUCUCAGGGUGCCUUCCACCCCAUGGCCAUCAAGCAGGAGCCCCGGGACUUCUGCUUCGACUCUGAAGUGCCUAUCUGUCAGUCUACAUUUGGAAGAGCAGGGACCUUCUACCAAAACAACCAUGAAAGUUUCUCCUUCAGAGAGCUUCACCUGUACUAUGACGAUACCUGUGUGGUUCCUGACAGACUUGAAGGGAAGGUCAAGCAGGAGCCCUCUGUGUACCGUGACUGCCCUCCAUACCAGCGUCGCGGCUCUCUGCAGCUCUGGCAGUUCCUGGUCACCCUAUUGGACGACCCGGCCAACGGUCACUUCAUCGCCUGGACAGGCCGGGGCAUGGAGUUCAAACUCAUAGAGCCUGAAGAGGUGGCUCGCCGCUGGGGCAUCCAGAAGAACAGGCCAGCCAUGAACUAUGACAAGCUGAGUCGUUCUCUGCGAUACUACUACGAGAAGGGCAUCAUGCAGAAGGUAAAGGUUGCUGGUGAGAGGUACGUGUACAAGUUUGUGUGUGACCCUGAGGCCCUGUUCUCCAUGGCCUUCCCUGACAACCAAAGGCCCAACCUGAAGGCCGACCCAGACAGUCUGCCCUGCGGUCAGGUGGACGAUGACACCCUGCCUCUCACCCACUACGACAAGAACACCCCUUACCUGGGGGAUUCUGGGGAGCAGUGUGUAGGAGGCCUACCCUUCCCUGACGGCUAUGGCUACUGACGCGCACUUCCCCUACUACUAAACCCGACCCAGAGAUCAAACGGCUGAGGCUGAGCAAGAAACUAUCAAACCCGAAACCUUCCUCUCCUCUUACCGCUAAAUUACUCCUCCAAUCUUAGAUUAAUUUAACCCUCCCUCCCCCUGAAAACGACUGAGGAGAAACCUGCACCAACCACCAUCUCUGGCAUCAUCUACUGUACCAAGAGAGGGGGGGGCCAUGGAAGUGUGGAAUGGACUCCAGUGGUUCCGCCAACUUAAGGCGAGGUGGUGUUGUUGCAAUGGAGACCAAGAGGACGUGAUGGCGGGCCAGGGGCUACAUUAUGAUGACAACAUGCCAGAGGACUGUCUGAUAUGUCUCUCUGCGCAGACUGCAAGAAUUGUAACAAUUCUGAUUGACAAUCUGCUUUUUCUAAAAGAGUAUAAUAAGUAUCUUAAGUUAAUUCUGACAAAAUAUAUAUAAAUGCAGCACUAUUCUGUAGUUGCCUUUUUCGUCCCCCAUAAUUAUAUAUUUUCUGCCACAUAUGAACAAUAAGAUCUGUGUAAGCAAGGACUUAAAUUUGCAAAAAAACUCCAAACCUACAGACCUAUUUGUUUCUGUAGGCUUAAACGUUAGUGUAGAAAUGUCUGUUAGUAUGCUGGCUUUUCUACAGUUGGUUAAAGAUCUAGACCUAGUAGUGCUCUAACCCACUGGGACGUUCUAUGGUUUCAGAUUAGAUGGAUGGAUUCCUCCAACCAGAGGCCUACGUUUUUGUUUGUUUAAUGCCGGCCCGGCAAUGUUUUUAUCCAGUAAUUAUUUAGUGUUUGUUCUGUUCUGCUGGGUUACCUGUGAGUGCCCUACUAGCGUAAAACUCCAGGCUCUCAGAGCUGUGGCUACAUCUGAAACGACACUAUUCCCUAUAUAUAGAGCACUACUUUAAAAAGCCCACCAGUCUAUGGUCAAAAGAAUUGCAGUAUAAAGGAAAUGGGGUGAAUGUUGGAUGUGGACUCGGGGCGACCAGACAUUCUCCACACCCUUUUUUUUUUCUCCAUAAACUCACUCCUUAUAUUGCCUCAGUUGUAACUGACUGACUAAUUAGCACUCCACCUCCUUAAAUAAAAACUAGGCACUGCAGGAAUCCUUUUUCUUUUCCAAAAGGGACACCUCAGUCAAUUUUUCCUAGAGAUUUUGAAUUUAUACAUGCCUAAAGUUAUUAAAACGGUGAAAUCUUAUUUUUAUCUUGUUUUAUUGGGUGCUUGACGUUUCCUCAGCAGUGAGUGUACUAUAUUUCUCAGAUGCACUAGGAUGGCAUUGUUCAGGACUUUGCAUGCGAAGGGGUGAAAUUCUACACCGUUCCCUGGACUCCUUUCUGCCAAUCACAGGUUGUCAACAAGAGACCUCUGCUUCUCUUUGCAUGACGGUGUAUUCAAACAAAUAAACUGUCCACUAACAUAUCGCUCUACUCUGGACAAAGAAGCAGAUUGUGAAACUUCUCUGCAUUUUGUUCAUGUUUUGUUUCUUAAAUGGGGAAAAAUACAAACUUAUAUAAAUAUAUAUUUUUGCUAAGUCUGCAACUGUUUUGAUUUUAUUGUAUAAGCCUGUAUAGUUCUGCCUAUAACAACAUAUGCAUCUUAAAAAAUAUAUAUCAGGAUCCCUGUGACUCGACUAUUACUGCAGACAGUUUGCUUUAGAGGCCGUUUUUGGUGAAUGAAAGGGUGAAGAACAAGAAUAUUGUCUUAUUUAUAAAGGGUAGUAUGACUGGGGUACAUAGUGUGUCUGCAUUCCAAAUGACACCCUACUACCUAUAUAGUGAACUACUUUUUGACCGGAGCCCUAUUGUCCCUGGUCAAAAGUAGUUUACUAUAUACAUUGAGUUUACAAAGCAUUAAGAACACCUAUUGACACCUAAGAAUCCCCCCUCCGCAAGGUGUCAAGUGUUCCACAGGAAUGCUGCCCCAUGUUGACUCCAAAGCUUCCCACAGUUGUCAAGUUGUCUGGAUGUCCUUUGGGUGGUGAACCAUUCUUGAUACACACGGGAUUGAUACACACUGAUUGUGAAAAAUAACUAACGCUGCAGUUGACAAACCGGUGUGCCUGGCACCUACUAUACCCCGUUCGAAAGGGCACUUCAAUAUUUUGUCUUGCACAUUCACCCACUGAAUGGCACAUACACAAUCCAUGUCUCAAUUGUUUAAAAAGGUUAAAGGAUUUUUUUUUACUGGGGCGGCAGGUAGCCAACUGGUUUGAGCGUUGGACUUAACCGAAAGGUUGCUAGAUCGAAUCCCCGAGCUGACAAGGUAAAAACCUGUCGUUCUGCCCCUGAAUAAGGCAGUUAACACACUGUUCCUAGGCUCUCAUUGAAAAUAAGAAUUUGCUCUUAACUGACUUGCUUAGUUAAAUAAAGGUUAACAAUAAAUCUACACUGAUUUGAAGUGGAUUUAACAAGUGAUCUCAAUAAGUGAUCAUAGCUUUCACCUGGUCAGUCUGUCGUGAGGUAUUCAUAACGUUUUGUACAUUCAGUGUAGUGAAAUGGGUGUCAUUUCAGAAGAAGAUAUGUGUAUCUACCUAUAGUCUUUUCCCUGACCAAGGGUUGUCUGCACUUGUAUAGGCUUCACCUUCUCUCCCUCUUCACAACGUGUACCUUACACUGAGUUUAUAAUGAUCUGUACUGGGUACAAUAAAAUGUCCUUUCUGCUUCA